AUGAACGUCCAGGGUCUAGACAUGGAGAUGAUGAAGACCGAUAGAUACCUGGGCGUUCACCUCAAUCAUAACCUGGACCAGUCCAACAGCACAGAUGUCCUGUACAAGAAGGGCCAAAGUAACCAGGUACGAGGGCGGGGCUCCGUGCGGAUCAUCUGCGGCUUUGUUGUCGUCAACAGGCCGAGCUGCGGCUCCUCCCUGCCGGGGAAAGAGAAGAGGAGGUUCGGGCCGCCCCUGGAGCUCCAGGCCGCCGCAUGGCUGGAGCUCCAGGCUAAGGACAGCGACGAUGAUGAGGAGGUGGUGCAGGUGGACAGGGACCACUUCAUGGAUGAGUUCUUCGAACAGGUGGAGGAGAUCAGAGGCUGUAUAGAAAAGCUGUCGGAGGACGUGGAGCAGGUCAAGAAGCAGCACAGCGCCAUCCUGGCCGCACCCAACCCUGACGAAAAGACCAAGCAGGAGUUGGAGGACCUCACAGCUGACAUCAAGAAGACAGCCAAUAAAGUCCGCUCAAAAUUAAAAGCAAUCGAGCAGAGCAUCGAGCAGGAGGAGGGUCUCAACAGAUCAUCAGCGGACCUCAGGAUCCGCAAGACACAGCACUCAACGCUGUCACGCAAGUUUGUGGAGGUGAUGACUGAGUAUAACACCACGCAGUCCAAGUACCGCGACCGCUGCAAGGAUCGUAUCCAGAGACAGCUGGAGAUCACUGGAAGAACCACUACCAACGAGGAGCUAGAGGACAUGUUGGAGAGUGGCAAGCUGGCCGUCUUCACCGAUGAUAUCAAAAUGGACUCUCAGAUGACCAAGCAGGCCCUGAACGAGAUCGAGACCCGACACACUGAGAUCAUCAAGCUGGAAAACAGCAUCCGCGAGCUGCACGACAUGUUCGUGGACAUGGCCAUGCUGGUGGAGAGCCAGGGAGAGAUGAUUGAUAGAAUUGAGUACAACGUGGAGCACUCUGUCGACUACGUGGAGCGAGCCGUCUCCGACACCAAGAAGGCCGUCAAAUACCAGAGCCAGGCUCGCAAGAAGAAGAUCAUGAUCAUCAUCUGCUGUGUCAUACUCGGCGUGGUCCUGGCGUCGUCCAUUGGCGGCACGCUGGGCAUGUAAGACGCUCUGCCUCCUGCCGCCAUGACGACAGACACCGACCAACCGACCGACCGUCCGACCGACAGCCAGCAGAGAAAAGAAACACCAACGACGACGACGACA